AUGGGAUGUAGGCCGUGUCGAAUAACCCUGAGACAAACGAAUGACAGGCAUCCAAGUCAAGGGUACCACUUUGGUAAUAUGCCCUAUCGGACCUUUGCCACUCGUAGUUCGCGAUCAAGCGAGCGGUUUGAGCAAUUGGGUCGUGGCAACCGGGGGAGUGGAGGAAAGGGCGACUCCUCCGCCAAAACCACCGCUCCCACACGAAAACGUGUCAACGUCGUUACCUUUCGACCCUCUCCCUCCCCCGUUGACGAAGUUGGAAAGGGAAGCACUCAAAUUUCCCCUUUAGAACUCUCCCGUAGUACGACUACCCUCGCCCCCAUUUCAUCCUCAUCGAAAUCUACCAGUGUGCCCAGUCGAGAAUUUCGUGCCGUCGCGAUGAAGAUCCCUGACUCGGCGCCUAUGAUUUCACCGAAAUUCAGGCGGCGGGCCAAUCACCGAAGCGGACCGUCUAAAUCCUGCCUCCAACAGCCUUUAGCUACCACCAAUCAGCGUUCAAGGCUCGCCCCAAACCAAUCACUAGCGAAAAUUACGCCGCCGUCACCCUUAACUAGUGAGAAAUCAGAGGCUGAUCCAUACGCCUGGGUGGAGGAGGAUGAGGAAAAACCAGAGCCAGAACCAAAGUCGUCGGUGUUCGCGUUUAGGGAGGAGGAUGAAGAGGAUGAUGGGAUCAAGCCCUGGUUCUGGCCGGCAUCCAGAGACGCUGUCAAGCCAACACCAACAACACAUCCUCAUCCGUCGCAUCCACCUUCGACCGAUAGAAAAGUAGGUGCAAAAGGCGCUCCUCCUCCAUUGACCAACGGUACUGGUGUGGAGGCUAAAACCAAAAAUAAUGCUGCUAUGGAUAAAAGUGAUUUGUACGCAGCUGGCGAUAAGGUGAAGACCUCCCUCGAUAGUCAGGAGCGCAGCAGUGUCCAACAUGCCCUGGACGACAUGAACUACCUCAUUGACGGUCUUAGCGAUGCCAACACCACUGACGCCCGGUGCCUCAGUAUUCUCUCCUUGGCCAACCAAUGCCUCACUCCAACCACGCGAGAUCUCGUCCACGCCUAUGGACUGCUUAAGCAAAUUUGUGCCAACCUUCAUGACGCUCACACGGACUAUAGCCUCGGUCUCGCGGCAGCCGGGCUGUUCUUCGUUAUCUCUCGUGAUCGUGACCCAGACCUACUCACGGCUGAAUCACUUGCCGUGCUCCUACAGCUGCUUCAUGCGCCAAGCAUCAUCAACAGCUCAGUGGAGACCUUAAUCUACGAGAAGGCAGCUGUUGAAUAA